GAACGGAGAAGAAGAGGGGGACCUGGACAUCACAGCUGUCCAGACUGUGGCAAGUCCUUCACAAGAUCUGGACAUUUAGAGAAACAUCAGAGAGUUCACACUGGAGAGAAACCAUACAGGUGUAAACUGUGUGGGAAAACCUUUACUCAGAGUGGUCACUUGAAAUCCCACCAACGCAUUCACACUGGAGAGAAACCAUACAGCUGUGAUCUGUGUGGAGCAGCUUUCGCAAAGUCGUGUCAUCUUAAAGGCCACCGACGUGUUCACUCUGGAGAGAAGCCGUACUGGUGUGACCAAUGUGGGAAAACCUUUUCUGGGAGUAGUAGCCUUAAAGUCCACCAACGCAUUCACACUGGAGAUAAACCAUACAGCUGUGACCAAUGCGGGGCAGCUUUCAGACGUUUAGAAGGCUUGAAAUCCCACCGACGCAGUCACACUGGAGAGAAGCCGUACUGGUGUGAUCAAUGUGGGAAACUGUUUUCUGGGAGUAGUAGUCUUAAAAGACACCAACGCAUUCACAAUGGAGAGAAACUGUUCAGCUGUGAACAAUGUGGGGCAGCUUUCACAACGUUGAGUGAUCUUAAAGUCCACCACAUUGUUCACCCUGGAGAGAAGCCGUACUGGUGUGAACAUUGUGGGAAAACUUUUUCUCGGGGUAGUAACCUUAAAGUCCACCAACGCAUUCACACCGCCUCCUACUGAACAUUUUCUAAAGCCGAGCUGUUGUCAGAGUGGAGAGAGGGAACAAAUCCCAUGAGUCAAGACGCUGUUUACUACCCAGGUAACAAGAGAGAGCAGUCCCGGGCCUGAGGAGACCAG